AUGAAAGAAAGAGAUGGAAAUUUACACGACAUUGUAAAAACACUAAUUGGGUUUCACUUGUAUCACUGUUUAACUUCCAUCACACUCCAAACUGAAAUGGAAAGUCUCCUCACUCUUUUGAAGUCAUCGUCAACAAAAGAGUCUUUCGAUCGUGUAUUUCAUGUCAAUACAAAGACUUUUUCUUCGAUCGACAAAUAUUCUGGUUGUGAUAUAUUCGGGUUAUACAGUCCAGACUGUAUAAUUAAAGAGUCGCAAGACCAAAUUCUAUUUUUAGAAAAUGACGUGGCAUUUUGGAGUGAAGAGUUGUUCGAAGUUGUGAAUAAAGCGCUUUGUCGGUUGUAUAAAGUGCAGAUGACAAAACAAAUUUUCCCACCCUUUUUACUUCUUGUAAAAACACCCGAAAAAUACUCUGAAAAUGAGCCGAUAUGGAAUCAAAAAGAUUUCAUCGUGUGGGUUAAAAAGGUUCUUGAAUAUUCACUUUUCCCAGAGAAAGUGAUAAAUUGUGGGUCUUUAGUUCCAGAUAUAGUUCAUUAUACUAUACCUAACUACAAUUUCAAAUCAAGUCCCCCAUCACCAAAGAAAAGGCGGGUCUUUGCCAUUUCCGACGUUUUGUUAGGAAAACCGCACGUCAUUGACGGGAAAAAGCCUAAUAAAAAAUAUGACAUGAAGUCCAAAUAUUCAACAUUAAAAAAGAAAAGUGAAGAAGAGAGUGUUGUAUCACAUCUCACGUUUUUACCUUACUCAAAAGAUUUUGUACAUAAUAAUGAAUUGAUCAGAAAUUUUGUUAUUCCCAAAAAUGUUAUUCAAAAGGGGGACUUAAAGCAAUUGUAUGUUGUGGGCCAAUUCGACAAUAAGUUUAUCAUCUGUUUCAACACCACAUCUAAAGUGCUCUACGCCUUCGAUCAACAUGCAAUCCAUGAGCGGAUCUUGUAUGAGAAUAACAGUGAUGCUGUCGACUUGAACAAGGAAACUGUAUUCCACUCCGUUCAAUCAAAAAGUGUAUUGUAUCUUUCUCUCUCGCAAACUUCAGUCCUUGAAAAGUAUCGUAAAGAGUUCAAUGAGAUUGGAUUGGUAUAUGACAUUGACGAUACAGUGGUAAGGUUCUCUGCACUUCCCUCUUUAUUUGGACGGAGUUUGACUCUGAAAGAAUUGCUUGACAUGUUAAACCAAAUAGCUUCAGAAAAGUACUUUUCAAGGCUUUUGCAGUUACGAGUGAUUAAACAUAUUGUCGCUUCAUACUCGUGUCGCCGCGCAAUAAUGUUCAACGACAGUCUAACUCGGACUCAAUGUGUCGAAUUAAUAGAUCAACUCAGUACUUGUCAAAACCCAUUCAUAUGUGCUCAUGGUAGAAACAGUGUGUAUCCCGUCUUUGCAUUCAAUUAA